UUCUCAACCGCCAUCUUUUCGACCCUUGAUGACUUAUAACCAUGACUAGACGUGUUCUUUCAGUCUAGAGACCGCCUGAAAACCAUUCUGUCCUCUAGAUAAGGUCUGAAUCCAUCGGCUGACCCUUUUCAAGGGAGAUUUUGGCCGCCAUGGAGUCUGAGAUCUCUCCGAUAGAGAUUCGAGCGGCCGUUCAUGAGCUGCUAGAAGCCAGAGAGGCUCGAAAAAGCCAAGUGGCCUCCUCUCAUGAUGGGGAUCUUCGGCUCCUGCAUGGGAUGCUCGAUCGGCCCAAGGUCCCUGGAUCGGACUUUCCAAUCAUCGAUGAGGACGAAGUGGACUUUCGGGCAUUAGAAGGAGGUUAUGAAGCUUGGAAAGCUCAGUUUGAGCUACAUGCGGGACCUUCGCGUAUAUCUCGUCUCAAACUGCCGUCACUUCCUCCUCUUUCUCCUCCUCCUACCACGAGCGUCUUUCCUGACGAGGUAGCGGUUGGCGAAAUUGUCGAGAUACAGCCCCCGCCAGUCGAGCUGGAAGUCAAGGCCGUACCUUCAGAAACCAUCGCGAUUUCUCCAUCCCCAGAACAGCCGACCGUGUCACUAGGUCAGGUGUCAGAACCUCCUAAAUAUACGCCCGUCAUCCAGACGAAUAUCAUUGUGCCAGAAUGGAUCCCCUUGGGCAACUACAAUCCAGCCAAGGACGCUUCGUCCACCCCUUCAAAGGUCUUCAUGCCGCUGGAAUCUGACUAUGUCCAUGGUCUACCGAGCCUUCCGCCUUUACCUCAGACGAAUAAAAGGAAGCGCAGAGGUAGUAAGACGGAGGAACGUAAGAAAGAUCUGGCACUCUUGCAGAUAGAGUACAGCCUUACACCGAUCAGUGGCAGUUUACCCAGAUCGACAAAGUGUGUCCUGACGGGCGAUUGGAGAGUUGCAGAGCAGGAAUUGAGGCAUAUUAGAGCCAUGGAACGGAUAGACGAGAAGAAGCAAGCGGGAAGAUGGAGCUUACGGCAGCCUAAGAAGCUCAGGGGUCCAGCGAUGCCGAAAUCUCAUCACGAUUUUCUGCUUGAGGAGAUGGAAUGGAUGCGCAUCGAUUUCGGCGAGGAAAGACGUUGGAAGAUUGUCGUGGCCAGGGAGUUUGCGUAUCAAUGUGUCGAGUGGCAUCUGUCAAAGGACAAGCGCGCUCUGAUGGUGGGAGGUCGAGAUUGGGGCGAAUCAAACAAAGUCCCGAUACCUGGUCGGUCGGACCACCCAUCAGACGAGAGCGAGGAAGUGAAGAUGGACCCCAACAGCCCGGCAGCGGUCUCAGCAGAGGACGGUGAGGAUGAUGUGGAGAUGUUAGUCCAGACAGUGGAUGAAGAAGAAGCGAGUCUGGAACCUGAGAUGGAGCCAGCCUCCAAGGGUGCAGAAGUUUUGGAGGAAAUACUACCUGUCGAAACCAAGGCAGAACCACAGGACAGCGCUAUGGAGGUCGAGAAGGAUGCGGAUGCAGACGGUGAGGAAGACGCAGACGCGGAUGGGGAGAAGGAGCCUGAUGUGGAUGCGGAUGGCGAAGUGGAUGCAGAAGGCGAGGACGACGCAGAUGGUGAAGUAGAUGCCGAGGGAGAGGAGGCAGAUGCAGAUGGCGAAGAGGAUGCGCCCGGUGAAACGGAGGAUGUCACUGAGGCCGCCGUAGGACUGGAUGAUAUCCCCCCUCUCUCAGCGGCGGAGAGUCCGAAAGGGCAGAACGUCCCCUCGCCUACGCCUUUACGCCAACCUGUCUUGCCCGGAGGUAUCGUUUUGCACAAGCGCUUUGCCAAUGCUGAGGAGCUGUUGAAAUCGAGACGACCCAUUUUGGAUAUGCCCCUCGAGCGGGCCAUUGUGGAUAUUGAAGCGCUCCCGCUUCUUCCCAAAGCGGCGGAGGCCCCAGCCGAGGCUGACGAACUAAAUGAUCCUCUGUCGUUCGUCGACCUCUUCCCGGAUCUCGCAACGUAUGCUGGCCCACACCCUCACGAAGAGGAAAAGAUCGCUAAACGCCUGGACGAAGGAUUGACAUCGGCUCAUCGAAUUGCCCACGUCUCUCGAAUCAUGGAUGUCAACCCUGUUCUCGUAUCCGCAAUCAAACCCGCUCGAAAUGCUUCCUUGGAAGGAACUUGGGAUCUACACGACGGCAUGUGGUUUGAAGAUCCGAAAGGAUCUGCCGACGUACCGGAAGAUGCCGUUCAGGCCACCUCGAGCGUCUUUACGGGUCGAGCUAGAAUGUCUCAGAAUCCUAAAUACGCCCCCAGUGUACCUAUCCCUUCUGCCCAGGGGCUUCGACCUGCUCAUGUUUGGACAGACGAAGAAGAUCAGGUCCUGCACCAUCUAGUUCAGACGUACCCUUACCACUGGCAACUCAUCUCCGACAUGUUCAAUUCGCUAGUCAUUGGGAUUCCGACUGACAAGCCAAGUGCCUAUGAGUGUUGGGACAGGUGGUAUUGGAAAUGGGGGAGUGGGGCCGGCAAACCUAGACCUGAUCCCAUUGUGGUUGCGGCUCAAGGUACAGGAACUCCUGGUGGACCCUCUUCCGGGACCGCAGCUCCAACAACCGCUCUCACUUCUGCACCCCCUCCUACAACAGCUGGCGCAGCUAUCCCGGGGACAUCUACAGCACCUCUGGCAAACGGACCAACGAACACACCUCAACCUAUCGCUGUACCUACCCUUCCUUCACAGCAGAAUGGUAUUUCCUCCGACGCUCCAAUGCCUGAAUCCGCGCCUCCACCACCUGGCAUGUCGAAACGCGAAGCCAAGGCCGUCGGCCGACACAAGUACGAAGGGACUAAGAAGGCCGUGAGACAUCAAGCUGUGUACGAUGCCAUGAGAAAGUUGUCUAGAAAACGUGAUGCACUUCGACCUCGAGGCAGUGUCAAAGAUCAGCCUCAGCGAAUUAUCACAGUACACGAGAGUCACGCCAGUUACCUCAUGGCUCAGGUCAGCACGCCGUUCGAGCUGGUCGAAACCAAAUUCCAGCGAGAUCUUCGUGAGAUCAGAGAACGACAACAGCGUUUGGCACAGAUGCAAGAGGCUAGAGCUCAAGUUGCAAGGCAGCAACAAGCUGCAUUGUUGGCUCAGCAGCAACAACAGCAGCAGCAGCAACAACAACAGCAACAGCAACAGGCAGGCGGACCAGGUCAAGUUCAAGCGCAACAGCCGGUUCAAGCGGGACAACAGCAGAUUCAGCCUAAUCUCGUUCAGGUCCAGGCUGGGGGUGCGGCCGCUCCCAUGCGCCCGCCUUCUGCGCCUAUACGUAUCGGUCCCAAUGGCCAACCUCUGCCGAACAUGGCUCCUAGUCAGCAACAAAUUCUGACAGCCGUAGCUGCGGCAACGGCUGCACGUCAGCAACAGCAGCAGCAGCAGCAACAACAACAACUACAACAGCAGCAAUCUGAAGGAUCUGAUACCAGUGGCAGUGCCGCUACACCUGUGACUGGACCUCGACCCAUGCCUCCACCUGGUCAAGGUCAACCUAUCGCGCAGAAUCCACAGGUGCAACAUCAGAUGCAAUUGCUCCAGGCUCAACAGCUGGCGGCGAGACAAGCUCAAGCCCAGGCUCAACAAGCUACUCAACAAGCCGGCGUAGCUGUGCCUAAUCCUCAUCGACGAGCUUCGUCUGGCGGUACACCUCAUUCCCAAGGAAUGGUUGCUUCGCCCUAUUCACACGGUGAAGGUCUACCUAAUGGUGACGGGCAGCAUGGUUCACCAGCCUUGGGCAACGCGGCCAUUGGUCCCCAAUCAUCUCCAUCUCAACAAGCUGCAGCUUUACAAGCUGCUGUUCAAGCUCAAGCGGCAUUGGCUCGAGGUCAGGCGGCUCAGCGUCUUCGUGUCCCUAGCUCCGGAAGUCCUCAACUGGCUCAAGGUCAGCCACCUACACCUAUCAAUCCUGGUGGAGCGCAGGGCGUCAACGUCAAUAUGAACAAUGCAUUGAUGCAGCAAAUCGUGGCGACUCUGCAGGCAAACGGACAACAAGCUACGCCGGACACUAUCCGACAGCUUUCCAUGUCUAUGAUGAGAAAUAUGGAAGAGAAUCGAGCGCAGAUGGCGGCAAGUCAACAAAUGGGACAGAACAUCCAGGGCGUGCCCCAAUUUGCCCGGUCGCCCGGUGUACAGACUACUGGGUCUCAGCCAAGAGCCAGUCCAAACCCCAGUCAGCAAGGAUAGUACGAUGCCUCUUGCAUAUCAUAGCAGCUUCUGUAAUUAUGCAAUUCCCAGGC